AUGGAAUUAGGCGAGAACCAACUUAGUGGUUCCAUUCCUGUUUCAAUUGGUAACUUGGAAUUGCUAUGUCAAAAUGGUUCACUCCAAAUCAUUUCUGUAUCUGAGAACAUGCUUACAGGUCCAAUCCCUAGAAGCUUGCAGAAUUGCUCAAGCUUAGUUAAGGCCAAUUUCAACGAGAACAAUUUCCAUGGAAACCUGUCAGAAAUGAUCUGCAUCCAUCCAUUCCUGGACUUCAUAGAUCUCAGCAACAAUGAGUUCUACGGUGAACUUUCCAGCAACUGGGUUGAAUGCAAAAUCUUGAAAACCCUGAUAAUUGCAAAGAAUAACAUCACAGGUGGUAUACCUUUAGAAUUUGGAAAUUUAUCUCAACUGCAUGCACUUGAUAUUUCUUCAAAUUUUUUAUCCGGGGAGAUACCAAGGGUAGUGGGGAAGUUGACCUCUAUGCUUAAACUAGAUUUACAUGACAACCAAUUUGUCGGUGGUGUACCUCAGGAAUUGGGAAUGCUAACCGAACUUCUUUACCUAGACCUAUCCACAAAUUCCUUGAAUGGAUCUUUUCCAGAACAUUUGGAAGAUUUGAAGCACUUGUUUUACAUGAACUUGAGCAACAACAUUUUCAGCCAAAAGAUUCCAUUCGAGAUUGGGAAGUUGACCCAACUUUCUGAACUAGAUUUGAGUCGAAAUUUGUUCACAGGAGAGAUACCAUCAGAGUUCCGAAGUUUGCAGAGUCUGGGAACAUUGGACCUCUCCCACAAUAACCUCUCUGGUUUAAUCCCAAAGGCUUUAGCAGAAUUGCCUGGUUCAUUGCAAAUUAAUAUUUCCUUCAAUAAUUUAGAGGGUCCAAUUCCAAGUGGCAGAGCCUUUGUGAAUUUAACGAUAGAAGAAGUAAAGGGAAAUAAAGGCUUGUGUGGCAAUAUUACAGGGUUACGAGCUUGUGAAAGUUCCUCGUUAAUCAAUAGUCAUGUCAAAAAUAAGAGGAAAAAACUUGUUCUCACAGUUGUAUUUCCUCUUCUGGGGUCAUUCAUACUUCUAGGUGCAUUCUUUGGUAUUCCCAAAUUGCGUGAUCAAAGGAAAAAAAUUUCAAGAAUUGAAGAUAUGGAUGUGAAGAAGUGCCAUUUAUUUGCCAUAUAUGGAUAUGAUGGCAAAGCAUUGUAUAAAGAAAUAGUAUUGACUACACAAGAGUUCAGUGAAGUAUUUUGCAUAGGGAAAGGAGGUUAUGGAAGUGUUUAUAGAGCACAGCUUUCAUCAGGGGAUGUAGUAGCUGUAAAGAGACUUCACAACAUGCCUGAGAUGGCAAGUCAUAGAAGUUUCUUGAAUGAGAUAAGAGCCUUGAUAGAAAUCAAGCAUCGAAACAUUGUAAAACUCUUGGGCUUCUGCUCCAACUCUCAGCACUCAUUUUUGGUUUAUGAGUAUCUUGAAAGAGGAAGUUUGGCCAAAAUCUUGAGCAUAGAAGAAGAAGCUAUUGAACUAGACUGGCAGAAGAGGUUGAAAAUCAUCAAAGGCAUCGCUCAAGCUUUAUCUUACAUGCAUCAUGAUUGUUCACCAGUAAUUGUACAUCGGGACAUAUCAAGCAACAACAUUUUGCUCGAUUCAGAAGACGAGGCUCAUGUUUCAGAUUUUGGCACUUCUAAGUUUCUGAAAAAAGACUCAUCUAAUUGGAGUUCUCUUGCAGGAACAUGUGGAUAUGUUGCACCAGAAUUUGCCUACACAAUGAAAGUAACUGAAAAGUGUGAUGUUUUAUAG